AUGAGGCUUGGUACUAAUAGAAAAUUGUCUAUUAGAGCAAAGGCUUUACAAAAGUUGACUCAAUACUACGUCGAGAAGGAUAGUAAAGAAGAUGUUUCAAAUAAUAAUUGUCCAGAAAGUCUUAAGGUUUUAAUCCAAUCCCUUCCUAUAUCCUACUCAACUGAUCCUGCUAAAUUGUACACUAUUCCUCUUACUUCAAGUGAAUGGGAAAUUCUUUUGGCCAUUAGUUCCGCAAUUCCUAAAAGAGUUGAAACUGCUAAAUAUAUCCUAUCAACUGUAAUUAAAAAUUAUUUUCUAGAUUCACCUAUACAAAGAAUUUCAGACGUUUUAUAUGCCAGAUUUAAGUUGAAUUCCUGGAAGAAUCCAAAUGAAGUAUUAACAUUCCACCUAACCAGAUAUUUGGUUCAGAUAUGUAACAAGUUCCCUGAACUGGUUCCUGAAUGUUCCCAAAUGAUUGAGAAAUAUAUCUCAAAAGUUAAAAAAUUUAUUUUAUUAAAACAAACAGCCAUAUUUUCUUUGCUUGGAUUUAUGUCGUGCUUUAUUGAUAAUUAUUCAUCUAUUGAAUUGAUUAGUUUUGUUUGGGAUAAAAUCUAUAAUCAAUUUUUUGACAAUAAUUAUAUUAAUCAGGUUGACAAAUUGUUAAUUACUCCAAAUUCUUUUACUAAUGAAGCAAUUGUACAAUAUUUCGAUUCUGGUAAAGAAAUUUCUGGUCCAUUGUUUUGGAAUUUAUUAAUGAAAAUACAGCAGAAUUAUCUCCAACAUGUGUUGGACAUGUCAUUUGAUGAUAAAAAACAAAAUCUUGGUGAGUUUAUACUUUCCCAACAAUAUGAAAUUUAUAAGCAUCAAGAUCAAAAGAUUGUUAAAUCUGUUUCAAAAGGUAAGUGUGAUUCAGAAACUUUUUCUUUAGAUUCUAAAACUACAAAAUUUUUACAGUCCUUGAAUGAGAAUAAAGAUACGCUUAUCUCUAUGUGUCAUCGUGUGCUUGAUUUAUGGAGUAUGGUGGAGAAAAAUCUUGAUUUUUCUACUGCAGACAGAGUAAAAAACAGUUUUGAUAUAUUAGCAGGAUAUUUGAACAUUCUUUGUUUGUCUCCAUUAUUAAGUGAUCAUAAUUUUAAACUGGAGAUUGAUUUUGUGAGAAUUGUGGAAAAUUCAAUGGAUCAAUAUUUAUUAUCUGAUAUAAUUACAGACAAUUUGAUAAAGGCUAUUAUUAAUGCUGGUUCUUUGUUAAACUACUACACAGAAGAUUUAUCUGAAAAACUUCUUUGUAAUUUCCCAUUAGUAAUUGGGUCCCAAUAUAUUACUCAACAACUGGUAAUUGACAUUUCUAAAAUUUUUUCCAUUGGAUUGCAACCUUUAAAUGAGGACGCCAUUGUUACAACAAUCUAUGCAAUUAACAAUUUGUUAACUCUAUCAGAAGAUUUAUCUCCUCAAUUUUUGAGGGAUCGUCAACAGACAUUAACUUCAAUUAGUUCAAUUCCAAAGGUUGAUGGCAAUUCCCUAUUACAUAGUUCAACGUCGUUAAGAAAAGUUACUAGUACCUCUAGUCUUUCAAAAAUGAAAUUAUCGAAAAAAGCAAACAGUACAGCUACUGUUCAUACUAAUUUGUUUAACAAUUGUGUUACCACCACCAUAACUAUUGCUUCUGAGUACAAUAAUCAAGCUAUUACUGCUUUAACAAUUUCUAUUUUAACACAAAAGGUGACAGUAGUUUCUAAAGAAUUAGCUGGUAUUAUUUUCUCUGCUUUAGCUAAAUUAGCACCUUAUGUUCAGAAAGCAGAAUUUUCAGCUAUUCUUAGGUUUUUCAGGAUUACAAUUAACAUGGCUUAUAAGUCUAAUGAUACUGAAUUAAUUGAUGCAGUUUUUAAAGCUCGUGUUAUAUUGUCCAAAAGGCUCUUGGAAAUGAAAUAUAGUACGGAAAUCUACAAACUUUAUCUUCUGGAUCUAUUAGAUUCCAUAAUUUCUAGUGGUGAAGUUGAAAAUUCAGAGCAUCACAGAUCUCAUUCAGAGAUAUCCUACGUUGCUAAUCAAAUAGCAUUACAGUUGGUGCCACUAGCUUCAAUGUUACCAAAAUGUGGUGAAACACCACUUAAUAUAUCACACGAUGAAAUACUUACAAAUAAAUUUAGAAAUAUGUGGUUUAAUAUGGUUGUUCACGGUUAUUAUUAUGAUUCUGAUAUUGUUAAACAAAAUUAUAAACAUUUAAAGGUUAUUGCCUAUAAUAGCCCCCCAUUGGCAUCUGAGUUUCCUAUUAAUAAUAAAGAGAUGUCACUAGAUAUGAAUACAAUCCUUCGUCGUAAAUCAUCUACUUCUAAUUUGAAAAAACAAAAGCAGGUUGUGUUGGAAUAUUUAAACGUCAACGCAGUUCAAUCUAGAUCAAUAUCCGAUUCAAAGGUCAUGUUUAUUGCAGCUACAGUGUUGAUUGAAUCUAUUAGGUGUGAAACUGGUGUCUGUUCGAAAAUUGUUUAUUAUUUAUCUGACCCAUGUUUAGUUUCUAGUUCUCUUGGAAAGUCAAUUGCAUUAAUAUCGAAAACAAUUAUUUUCAAGUAUGCUAAAUUAGCACAAGCAUUAAUAACACCAGAGUUUAAUUCUAAGGCGAUUGCUGAACAACUGACUGAAAUGUUUCUUUACCUUAUUCAUAGAAAUCAUAAGUUGCAAGAGAUGGCAUUUACAUGCUGUAAUUUGCUUAUUCAAAAUAUACCAUCAGCUCUGUGUCACCAUGAUUCUUUGUAUACAUUACUGGAUUUAAUGACUACUGUUUUUGAUAGUAUUUUAGAUUGUGAGAGAAAUAGAUUCCAGCCUCAUUUUGAAUUUACUUUAAAGCACUCUGCUACUAAGGUUUUAUUUCCUGCGUCAAAAAAUUGGAGAGUUGCAACAUUAAAAAAAUUGCAUAAUGCUUCAAAAGAAUGGGUUAAAUUAAUUUUGAAUAAAGCUAAUCAAGAUUCAAAAAUUUUACUUCAGUCAUACGUCUCUAAUAUUCAGCAAUUUGUUAGAUUAAAUAACGUUGAGUUUGGUGUUUCUUUUGCUCUGGAUAUGGCGGGCACGAUUCUUGAUGUUGACAGGGAAUUAAGUACAAUCGAAUAUUCAGGACCUAAGAAGCCUAAUACAAUUUCUGGUUUCAUAUCUCAACAUUCAUGGAGAUCGCGAUACUUAGCCAACUCUUCUACCACUUUAUCAAAAGAAGAUUUUGACAAGAAGUUGAAGAUGGUGAUUCAAAAUAUUAAUGAAACUUUAGAGAAAGGUGAUGUUGUUUCAGAUCAAAUGGUAUCUGAAUUUUUGGAUAUGGCUGCGGCUAAUUUAGUUUUGGAUAGCUAUGAUAUCUCUUCUUUGGUUCAUGACGUUGUCUUUAUACCAUUCGAAGUAUUUACAUCUACCACCAUGAAGAUAGCGACAAAUGUUUGGCUUGCUAUUAUUAAAGAAAGACCAGAUUUGGCACAUGUCUUACUAGCGAAUGUUUGUUAUUUUUGGAUGUUAGGUGUUGAUUCCCAAAAGGGUCUUUUUUCUAGAAGUUAUGAUUUGCAGACCGAAGAAUAUCAAAUGAUGGAAUAUGCACCAUAUAAUAAAAGGGCAAUUGAUCGUGAUGCUAAAUUAGCAUCAAAAGCUCUUCAACCUCAUAGACAUAUAAUAAAGUUUUUUACCUCACAUUUCGAAAGUACUAUCCUUCAAAGCAAGUUCCUUCUACAAAUGUUUACAAGCUUAAUUAUUCAUGGUCUUGAACAUGUUACAAUGGGUAGUUCACAUCCAUUUGCAAGAUUGAUUCGUUUUGAAUUAUUGCAAUUAUCUCUGUCUGUUUUAGAACAAAACAUUAAGCAAAAGAAUAAGGAUGUGGAGAAGUUGUGCUGUUUAAUUGUGAAUUCGGCUUUAAGCUGGUUUUUGGUUCCGCCAUCAUGGCCUUUUGGUUCCAAUGAUAUGAAAAUUAAGGCGGACUUAGCUGUACUUCAGAAUUUUUACCGUCGUUUGGUAAACAAUUCUUCUAUUUUCAAGCAGUAUUGUGAUGAAGAUAUUUUAUUAUUACAAUAUUUCUUGGCUAGUGAAAUUCAACAAAUUCAAACAUGGUUAUUACCUUUAGAGAAAAUUAAGGGUGCUAACUCUAACCAUCUAACUGAUUCGAUCAUAUUAUGUGCUUUUAAGAAAGAUCCACAACUAGCCUGGAAUUUGGUACAAAGAUAUAAAGGAAAUAAAGGGUCGGAAUAUCUAAGUUCAUUAGUGAAAAAAUGUCAAUUAAAGUGUGUGAGGGUACCGCAAUUAGCAUCAGUAUUUGCUAAGCAAGUUAGAACUAUAAAAUCAGAUGCUCAUUAUAUAAUUUAUUGGUCUCCAACAAGUCCUCUUAAGUCUGUAGGAUUGUUUUUCUCUGAGUAUAGUUCAAAUUCUUAUAUUUUGCAGUACAGUGUUUAUUCAUUAGAAUCACAUGAUGUUAAUGUUACUUUCUUUUAUGUUCCCCAAAUAGUACAAAUGUUGAGGUAUGAUCGGACAGGCUACGUGGAAAAAUUGAUUAUUGACACAGCUAAAAUAAGUGUUUUAUUUGCACAUCAGAUUAUUUGGAAUCUGUUGGCAAAUUGUUAUAAAGAUGAUGAGGGUACUAUUGAGGAUCCAAUUAAGCCAACUUUAGAUCAAGUUCGUGAAAGAAUGAUUAAAAGUUUUAGUAAUUCACAUUUGGAAUUUUACAAUAGGGAAUUUGAAUUCUUCAAUGAGGUAACGAGUAUUUCAGGUAAAUUGAAGCCAUACAUUAAAAAGAGUAAGGCUGAGAAGAAGCAAAAGAUUGAUGAAGAAAUGAGUAAAAUUAAAGUGUUACCAGAUGUGUAUUUACCAUCAAAUCCAGAUGGUGUUGUUGUGGAUAUCAAUAGAACUAGCGGUAAACCAUUACAAUCACAUGCAAAGGCGCCAUUUAUGGCAACAUUUAAGAUAAAGAAAAAUGUGAAGGAUGCAGAUACUGGUGAAGUACUUUCUGUUGAAAAAUGGCAAGCGGCAAUAUUUAAAGUUGGUGAUGAUUGUAGACAAGAUGUGUUAGCUUUACAAUUGAUCUCAAUCUUCAAGACUAUUUGGAGUAAUAUUGGUCUAGAUGUCUAUGUUUUCCCAUAUCGUGUGACAGCUACAGCUCCAGGUUGUGGUGUUAUUGAUGUCUUACCUAACUCGAUCUCUCGUGAUAUGUUAGGUAGAGAAGCAGUUAAUGGUCUAUAUGAAUAUUUCAUUACUAAGUUUGGACCUGAAGAUAGUAUUGAUUUUCAAAAUGCUAGAAACAAUUUUGUUAAAUCAUUGGCAGGAUAUAGUAUCAUUUCAUACUUAUUACAAUUUAAGGAUAGACAUAAUGGUAAUAUUAUGUAUGAUGAUCAAGGUCAUUGUUUACAUAUUGAUUUUGGCUUUAUUUUUGAUAUUGUUCCUGGUGGUGUUAAAUUUGAGGCGGUUCCAUUUAAGUUGACAAAAGAAAUGGUUAAAGUUAUGGGAGGUUCAAGUGAAACAUCUGCGUUCCAAGAAUUCGAGGAGUUGUGUAUAAAGGGCUAUUUAGCUGCUAGAUCACAUAUGAAUUUUAUUAUAGAUGGGAUUGUUCCGAUGUUAGACAGUGGGUUACCAUGUUUUAAAGGUGAUAAGACGAUUAGGAAUAUAAGAUCAAGAUUUCAACCUGAGAAGACAGACCAUGAGGCAGCAUUAUUUAUGAAGGCAUUGAUUAAAAAGAGUUUUGAAAGUAUAUUUACUGUUGGAUAUGAUGAAUUUCAAAGAAUCACAAAUGGUAUUCCCUAUUGA